UUCCAAAUCUCUCUAGAGUAGCUAAGAACCUAGGUGUUAUUGAUUUGAAUUUUCUUUUCAAAUAUUUUAGGUAUUGUAGCGCCACCUAUAUAAGGUGUUUUGACGAACACUCUUUGGUACAUGGAGAUUGUAUUCCUUACCUCUACCUUCCAUACUCGAUCCGAUGUCACUGCCGUUGUGUAUUUCGCCGUUGCCGUUUAUGUUUGAAAUAUAAGGAGUGAAAACUGGUGUUUCAAAGUUAAAAUUAAAAUUUUUGAUACACAUCUAUAGAAUUGCGUGUUGAGUCUUAUAAAGUGACAAUGGAUUACUCCACCAUCAGCAACAAAACAGGUUGCACAGAAAUCGUAGACAUAACUAAUGGUGACCUGACUGAGAAGUAUUACUCUCUCAAAAAGCAAUUCGACGACCUAUCCCGCAAUUAUGAUGCCACAAAGCAGGAGCUACACGAAGCUACUCGGAAUUAUAACACAGCUUUAGACGUGCAGAGGUACUUAUCGGCUGAAAUAGAGUCCCAUCAAGCUGAAGAGGCGCGGAGAAAGAAUGAGUUGAAUUCCAAAAUAACUAAGCUUCAGGAGGAUAUUUCAGCGUUACGCGAGGAACGUACGGAGCUGAUUGAAAGUCACGCUAAGGAGGUAAAGAAGUUUGAAGAUGAAAUUCGCCGUUUGAAAGAGGAGAAUGCAUUUAAAGAAGACAGGCAGUCGCCGGAGCGUGAUACAGGGGAGUUGGAUGAAGCACGGGCCGCUCUGUCGUUGGCGUUGGAGGAUGCCGCGGCAACGAAGGCGGCGCUAGAAGAAACAAAGGCUGAGAUUGUAUCUUGGAGGAUGAGGUCUGAAGAGCUGGUAGCAGAGAUGGGCCAAAUGCGUGAAGCUGCGGAGCUCCGGCGCGACGCGCUCCGAGCCGCCGCCGCGCGCGCGGCGGCCGCGCUGGCCGACCUCGCCGAGGCGCGCGCCAUGCUGCAUCAGCCUGAUGAGGGGCCCGAGCAUGCGGCAAAGGGGAAUUCCAUUUUUGCCGAAGUAGAAGACAAAAGACAAGAGAUGGCCAAAAAUCUUAUACAUAUGAAGCAGACAAAUGCUAGACUAAGAAGAGACUUGGCCAACAAACAAGCUGAAGUGGAGGCGUUGCUUCACGAGAAGCAGAAUAUCUGGGAGCAGCAGGCUGGCGAUGCCGCACACUACGACAGGGAGCUUAUUGAAAGUUACUCGGAGCGCAUAACUCAGCUAGAGGAGCUGUGUGAGCGCCAGCGGCGGGAGUUGUCGCGCUGGUUCAAGUCUCUACGCGAGGCCUCGCCUCCUGCUCGCGCCGAGCCGGGCUGGCUGCCCGCCGUGCUCGAGCAUUUCAAAACGGAAUGCGAUCGGCUCCGCGCCGAGGUGCUGUCGCUGGGCGCCGGCCAGCUGGCCAGCGCGGCGCAGGUGCGCGACCUGCGCCGGAAGAUGGCGCUGCUGGCCGCGUCGGGCGCCGCGCCCGGCCGGCCGGAGCCCUCGCCAGGCGCGGCCGCCCCGCCCGACGUCGGACCCGUGCCCGUCUACAAGGCCGUGCAGGCGAACAGGAUGGCGCCCGACGAUGUUAGGAAGAAGGUCUCCUUCAAUUGAGGGCCGAGAUCCUUUCACUAUUUAAUUAGGCGGGUCCUCACAGAGCGCGGGCCAGUGUAGACGUGCCUCGGCCGUAGUGUACGCGAGGAAAUUGCCUCGCGCGUAUGCGUAAAAAGGAUAUUACUGUGAUACCUAAGUGUAGUUUUUGUAAGCAUCAAAAAAUAAGACUUGUAGAUGUGGGCAUUUAAAAAAGUGAUUCCGUAAUAAUUCUCAAUAAAUAUUUUUAAAUAUCAUGAAAACUAGUAUUAGCCCCUUUGCAAAUGGCUUCUAUAAACAUUGCAAACAUCGAAAAUAAUUUGGACCCAAAUAACUCAAUUUUUUUAUCAUGUAAAAAACACUUUAAUAUGAACUAAAUAUCAUAAUUGACAACAUUUCAUAUUUUUAAGUGCUACUUUUUAUUGUCUACAUCGAAAGAACGCACUAAUUUAAGGUAGCCGUAUUUUUUUUAUUUUGCGUAAGUCCUAUAUUUUGGUCAUAAAAUCUAUUUAUAUUGUUACUCGAAACAAAAGGGCCUAUGUAACAAACGUCAUUUGUGAGAAUCGUGACGUCACGGAUCUGUUUCAUACACUGGAAAAAACGUUGAAUUAAUCUACGUUUGAGCAUAGACAACAGUGCGAGUGACAUAACCUCAAACGUUAAAAAUAAAAUCACAAAUUAACAAGUGUCACAAACGUCAAAACUCAAGUCAAACGAUGGUUUUCAUCCCGUUUUCAAUGACAAUGACAAUGUCAACCCAAUCGGAAGUCAUUUUUUUGCUUGUAGUGGCAGAACUGAAGGAGCUGGGUGACGUCAAUUUCC